UGACAAGCAGGAAGCUUAUGUACUCAGAGUAGCAUGUUUGUCUCCAAGAGACGUUUCAUUUUGAAGACAUGUGGUACCACCCUCUUGCUGAAAGCACUGGUUCCCCUGUUGAAACUUGCUAGGGAUUACAGUGGGUUUGACUCAAUUCAAAGCUUCUUUUAUUCUCGUAAGAAUUUCAUGAAGCCUUCUCACCAAGGGUACCCACACCGGAAUUUCCAGGAAGAAAUAGAGUUUCUUAAUGCAAUUUUCCCAAAUGGAGCAACAUAUUGUAUGGGACGCAUGAAUUCUGAUUGUUGGUGCUUUUGUACUUUGGAUUUCCCAGAGAGUCGGGUAAUCAAUCAGCCGGAUCAAACCCUGGAAAUUCUGUUGAGUGAGCUUGACCCAGCAGUUAUGGACCAGUUCUACAUGAAAGAUGGUGUUACUGCAAAGGAUGUCACUCGUGAGAGUGGAAUUCGUGACCUGAUACCAGGUUCUGUCAUUGAUGCCACACUGUUCAAUCCUUGUGGGUAUUCAAUGAAUGGAAUGAAAUUGGAUGGAACUUAUUGGACUAUUCACAUCACAGAACCAGAAUUUUCUUAUGUUAGCUUUGAAACAAACUUAAGUCAGACCUCCUAUGAUGACCUGAUCAGGAAAGUUGUGGAAGUCUUCAAGCCAGGAAAAUUUGUGACUACCCUGUUUGUAAAUCAGAGUUCUAAAUGUCGCACAGUGCUUUCUCCGCCCCAGAGUAUUGAAGGUUUUAAACGUCUUGAUUGCCAGAGCGCUAUGUUCAGUGAUUACAAUUUUGUUUUUACCAGUUUUGCUGAGAAGCAGCAACAACAGCAGAGUUGAUUAAGAAAAAUGAAGAAAAAACGCAAAAAGAGAACACACAUAGAAGAAGGUGGUGGCUGCUUUUUAGAUAUUGAUACCAAGGGCCAUGCUUUCCAUAACCACCACCUUGUAGUUGCAGAAAGCCCUAGAUGUAAUGAUAGUGUAAUCAUUUUGAAUUGUAUGCAUUAUUAUAUCAAGGAGUUAGAUAUCUUGCAUGCAUGCUCUCUUCUGCGUUUAGGUAUCCUAUGCCACUCUUGCUGUGAAAUUGAAGUGCAUGUAGAAAAAACCUUUUACUAUAUGAAACUUUACAACACUUGUGAAAACAACUCAGUUUGGUUUAUGCACAGUGUAGUAUUUCUCCAGGUAUCAUCCAAAAUUCCCCACAGACAAGGCUUUUGUCCUCAUUAGGUGUUGGCCUCAGCCUAGCCAUCUGGGACUGUUCUAUUAAAUUGCUACCAGGAUUUUGCAUCCAGUUACCUCCACUUUCUAGAACAUAUUCUCUACUAAUGUUAUUGAAACCAGUUUCUACUUCAUACAGGUGUUCUUGCAGCACCAAUCAAAGUUCUUCUUCCACGAGUCGAGUCCUCUACGAAAAUGACUGCAGUUAUCCAUUUUGUGUAUUACUAUCUCACUGCUUCCUAUACUUGUGUGACUUUAAUUGAUUCAUUCCUCACCAUGGUAUCUCCCUCCCAACCACACCCCCUCCAUAAAGCAAUACACUGUUACACUGUGGGUUUACACUAACCUUAUACCCUAGAAGGGGAAUGGGGGGAUGGACCCUGGGCUUAAUUUUCUUUUAAGGUCAAGGGAGUUUGGCAUUUUUCGUUACCAUGAGGUCUUUUGAAAUAAGCUGGUGUUGAUUAGCAAAGAAGGUGUAGAUUGAUACUAGGGAAUAUUGGCAGAACUGUAUGGAAACUGUAUGCCAUUCUGUGCCCCCCAUUAAAUGAGAUUAGCUUCUCAUGGGUCCCAUGUCUUUAUUAACUUGCUAAGUAGUAGUAUAAAAAAUUAUAACUAAAUUUGUUAGCAAGGAGAUUUAAGAUAAAGGUUGUGUUGGAUUCAACAAGUCAAGUCAGCUCAGAUGAUUCACCUCAACUUUUACUUUCAUAGCCAUUUCCACUCAUUUCUAUUAAUGAUAUGCCAUAAACUUUGGUUCAAAGCAGAAUCGAUUUCUUUGCCAUCUUGUGACUUAAAAAGUUAUGUGACUUUGUGAUGCAUGUGAUAGUGUUCUGAUGGUUCCUCUUACUGGUAUUUCUUUCUCCAUGGAGUAACAUCAAGUGAUGAAUGAGAACUGUUCAGGUUAUUCAGACAUACUACACAGUGAAGCAGAGCGCUAUCCAUAAAACAUAACACACAAAAUUCCAAAAUGGUCAAUGGGAAAUGACUAGAAAUACAGGCUUAAAAGAGUUGGCAUCUUUUAGCUGUAUUUGCUAAUACGGACAUUUAUUUAAGCAGCUGAGAAAAGAGCAAAGUUGACUCAAUUUUGUAUUUCUUCUUG